AUCUUGUUGAGUUUGUAUUUACUGUACUACUCCUAAUAGUGAACACUCUCCGCAUUUUCUGAAAACGAAUCUACGAUCGAUCUUGUUCCCCCUGCUUAGCAACUUUGAAAUGAAAACACCAGUUCUGGAAAUUCUGGGACUAGAUUAGCGUUUUGGAGGAAGUGUACUCAGAAACCGUUGCCGAUACGACGAUGAACUACCAAGUGGUCGUGCAAAAAGCUUCUCGUGGCUACUGUGAACUGCAUCCUUCGGAGCCCGCAGUGAUUGUGAAAUACCAAGUCCAUGCAACGGUGCUGCGUGCCGACGGUACUGAAGCCGCUAACGGAGCGAAAGAUGUCACAAAACUAAUUUACUUCACUAACCUGGCCGAUGCAACCGAUUUGAAACGAGUGGCCAAAGAUGCAAUAUCCAAAUGCGCUUAUCUGGACCCGAACCGUGCCGACGAACUGGAACAGCUUUUGAACGCAAUUCGGAACCGACAGAAAUCUUCUUUGCAAUACCGACCUUCUUCCGCAAUGCGACCCUUAGCCGCCACCCCCAUUAAAAUGGCCAAGGUGGAUGCCAAAAUGUCGGAACUCCCGCAUUACCGGUCAUUGUUGUACAGUUCACUGGAGGACAAGAUACUCGGAUCGGAAAUGAUUUUGCAGUUGUGCCAAAAGAGGGCUUACAUGUCUCAGAUACUGCGCUCGGAACCUAUCAUCAGCGGACUAUGCCGUUUGCUGUCGGAAGACGAAACUCGCAAUCUGGACUUGAAAAUCAAUAUCACCCGGAUAUUCGCCAUGCUUUCGCAGCUUGCAGCAGCUCCAGCCAUUUUUGCCAAGAAUCGCAUUGGCGGGUAUUUACUGCAAGAAAUCAGCAUGGAACAACAACGUUACGAAAAGCUGAAAGGCGAACUGACCUCCAAGCAGAAUAACGCUAAAGGUGACUCGACUGAGACCGAAGCCUACCGGCGAAAAAGUGUCCAGUUGAUCCGGAAGCAAGAUCUGUUCAUUGCCGCUGCAUUUGAGAUUUUGUUUAUGCUGGCCAAGGAUGUUGCAACGCAAACCAAGAUGGUGAAAAAAGAUAUAAUUUCCAUUCUGUGCAGAUGCGCUGAAAGAUCCAAUCCGGAAGUACAAAUUGCAGCACUCAAAUUCUUAUUGGUGUUAAGUGUCUAUGUGGAGAAUAUGGAACGUUUCGUCGAUGCCGGGGCUCCUGAGAAAAUCAUGCGCGUUUUGGAUCAUCAGCGCAGUACAACCGUCUGCGAGCUGGCCCUGAAACUGCUCUUUAAUUUCAGUCUUUGCCCGGCCUUGAGAAAGGGAAUUAUUAAAAAGAAUGGAGCCAAAAAAAUUGUAUCUUCAUUGGAAAACCCAAGGACGACGGAUUUUGCUGCCCGUCUUUUGUAUUCGCUUUCGAUCGAUAGAAGAAAUCGGCGAGAUAUGCAGUGUUUGGAAUUGUGCGAAGCUGUCGGGCGGCUUGUAACCAGGAACGUGGAUAAAACAUUGAAUCACUACCUUGUUUCGUUAGCCAUUAACUUGGCUUUCAGUAAAACUUGUGCCGCAGAUAUGAUUCGGACUAUGAAUAUCCUACGCAUUAUGGAGUCAGCUAUGGAAACGCAGAAUGUCCAUCUUGUAAAGCUGAUAACGACGUUGCUAAAGUAUAUGGACACCUUCCCGGCUGGGCUGAAAGAGUGCAUCAUCAAAUUACUUCCAGACGAAAAUACUGAAGCAACAUCGGUAUUUAAUUUGGAAGCUUUGAUUACCCUCAGUGUAGCACUAGAAGUCGGCCUUAUUAUGGAAUCUGAUUUUUUACCGACAUGGAGCGUCGACAUUGAACUGAUAUCCAUUUGUCAGAAAUUGAAGAAACCUCCGGAAUUGUUUGCAUUGGUGGUUUUUAUGGGUGCUUUGGCAUCGCAGCCGAAAAGCUGCCAGAUCCUGUGCGAUGCAUCCAUGAUGGAUUGGUUGUGCCAGAAGCUGGCGGAAGUAAAUGACGUUCAGGAAGAGAUUGCUGUGCAGAUUGGCUAUGCGUUGUUAAAAUUUGUGCAAUAUGAACCGGCACGACUACGAGUCAUGGAGUAUCCGCGAAUCACGAAAAUUCUCACGGAUCGCACGCAGCAGUGCUCCGACACAGCGAGAGCUCUGUUCGAAGAUUUGCUGUUCCAUCUAUCCAGUUCCAGCCAGGAAAUCCAUGAAGCAUGGAAGAUGGAACGAUUCCGGCAGUACAACGGACAGUGGUUACGUGCGAUUGAGCAUAGACGAGAAGAAGGCGAUGACGGUAAUUUAUACUUGGAUGAUUUUAACGAUGGCUCGGAUGAAAUGGAUCUAGUUACAAAAUAUGGAUUAAACGAUUUAAGCGAUGAAAUGGAUGAAGACGAAGAGGAUGUUGAGGAUAUGAUUGAAAGAUAUUCAGCGCGCUCCGCUUCGCGCUUGAGCUUUCGUUCUUAAAAAGGGGACUGUACAGUUCAAACGCUAUAGAAACCUCAGUACUUUGAAGCCUCAAUGUUAGGAUGUGUAAUUACUCUUGAAAUUAUUUUAUGGUUGUUUGGUAGGCUAUUUCGUCCACUAAUUUUUACUGUAUAAUAACGAUUCGUAAUGUCCGAUCCUGUCCAUUUUUAAGCAUUUUAUGGAAAUAGAGAAUUAUAUGUCGUUAUCCGCGCAUUGUACUUUGUUUUUGUAAGUUUCUUGUAUUCCGACUAUGCAGGUGAACGAUUUC